UGGCCGCAGAGGCUUGUGACAGCGGCGCCCAUUGGCUGUGGCGGCCCCCGUGACGUGGGGUGGCGACUGGCUCCCGUGUCUGAGGGGCUCCUGCUUGUCAGGUUCUAGCUCAUGUUUCUGGCUAGACCUAUGAUCAUUCCCAUGAGACUUCACUUCACCGUUUUCUCAAGUGUCUUCCUCAUCCCUAAUGUGUAAUCCUUCUACAUGGACCUGCUACUUUAGCUAAGAUAUGACCAGCAAUGAAUAGUAGUAAGAUAUGUGCUGAUUAGAAGGCUCACUUGUGCAGCGUGGAGGAUAAGACAGUGCCUUACAAAAAUGGGGUUUGGGAGUGACCUGAAGAAUUCACAUGAAGCUGUGUUAAAACUGCAAGACUGGGAAUUACGGUUACUGGAAACAGUGAAGAAAUUUAUGGCCCUGAGAAUAAAAAGUGAUAAAGAAUAUGCAUCUACUUUACAGAACCUUUGUAAUCAAGUUGAUAAGGAAAGUACUAUUCAAAUGAAUUAUGUCAGCAAUGUAUCUAAGUCUUGGCUACUUAUGAUUCAGCAGACAGAACAACUUAGUAAGAUAAUGAAGACACAUGCAGAGGACCUAAAUUCUGGACCCUUACACAGGCUCACCAUGAUGAUCAAAGACAAGCAACAGGUGAAGAAAAGUUAUAUAGGUGUUCAUCAGCAGAUAGAGGCAGAGAUGAUCAAGGUUACAAAGACAGAAUUAGAGAAAUUAAAAUCUAGCUAUAGACAAUUAAUAAAAGAAAUGAAUUCUGCCAAAGAGAAAUAUAAAGAAGCUUUAGCUAAAGGGAAAGAAACUGAAAAGGCCAAGGAACGUUACGACAAAGCCACAAUGAAACUUCAUAUGUUACAUAAUCAGUAUGUAUUGGCAUUGAAAGGGGCACAGCUUCAUCAGAAUCAAUAUUAUGACACCACACUUCCUCUGCUUCUGGACUCCUUACAAAAGAUGCAAGAAGAAAUGAUAAAAGCACUAAAAAGUAUAUUUGAUGAAUACAGCCAGAUAACCAGUCUUGUUACAGAGGAAAUAGUGAAUGUCCAUAAAGAGAUUCAGAUGUCGGUUGAACAGAUAGACCCUAGCACAGAAUACAAUAAUUUUAUAGAUGUUCACAGAACAACGGCUGCUAAAGAGCAAGAAAUUGAGUUUGAUACUUCCUUACUAGAAGAAAAUGAAAAUCUUCAGGCAAAUGAGAUUAUGUGGAAUAAUUUAACAGCAGAAAGUUUACAAGUAAUGUUGAAAACUUUAGCAGAGGAACUCAUGCAGACGCAGCAGAUGCUUUUAAAUAAGGAGGAGGCUGUCCUGGAACUAGAGAAAAGAAUUGAGGAAUCUUCUAAGACCUAUGAAAAGAAGUCUGAUAUUGUGCUUCUGUUAAGCCAAAAACAGACACUUGAAGAGCUGAAACAGUCAGUCCAGCAGCUGAGAUGUACUGAGGCAAAGUUUACAGCACAGAAAGAAUUACUAGAGCAAAAAGUACAAGAAAAUGAUGGGAAGGAGCCACCUCCAGUAGUCAAUUAUGAAGAAGAUGCACGAUCAGUUACAUCUAUGGAAAGAAAGGAGAGGCUAUCCAAAUUUGAGUCUAUUCGUCAUUCAAUUGCUGGAAUAAUUAGGUCUCCAAAAUCUGCACUGGGCUCUUCAACAUUCUGUGAUACAAUCCCCAUAAGUGAGAAGCCCCUGGCAGAGCAGGACUGGUACCAUGGUGCAAUUCCCAGAAUAGAAGCGCAGGAUCUGUUAAAACAACAAGGAGACUUCUUGGUGCGAGAGAGUCAUGGGAAACCUGGUGAAUAUGUCCUUUCUGUAUUUUCUGAUGGACAAAGGAGACACUUUAUCAUACAAUUUGUUGAUAAUAUGUAUCGAUUUGAAGGCACUGGGUUUUCAAACAUCCCUCAACUUAUAGAUCAUCACUAUACAACAAAACAGGUCAUCACUAAGAAAUCAGGUGUAGUUCUGCUGAAUCCUAUUCCUAAGGAUAAGAAAUGGGUUCUCAAUCAUGAAGAUGUCACAUUGGGAGAAUUACUGGGCAAGGGAAAUUUUGGUGAAGUAUAUAAGGGCGUAUUAAAGGAUAAAACUGCUGUUGCUGUUAAAACAUGUAAAGAAGAUCUUCCUCAGGAACUGAAAAUAAAAUUUUUACAAGAAGCCAAAAUUCUCAAGCAAUAUGAUCAUCCCAAUAUUGUCAAACUUAUAGGAGUUUGCACACAAAGACAGCCUAUCUACAUCAUUAUGGAACUGGUUCCAGGAGGUGAUUUCCUCUCCUUCCUGAGAAAGAAAAAGGAUGAAAUAAAACUCAAACAAUUAGUGAAAUUUUCAUUAGAUGCUGCCUCUGGUAUGUCAUAUCUCGAGAGUAAAAACUGUAUACACAGGGAUCUUGCUGCAAGAAACUGCCUGGUAGGUGAAAAUAAUGUUCUAAAAAUCAGUGACUUUGGAAUGUCUCGUCAAGAGGAUGGUGGAGUGUAUUCAUCUUCUGGCUUAAAGCAGAUUCCCAUUAAAUGGACAGCACCAGAAGCUCUUAAUUAUGGAAGAUACAGUUCUGAGAGUGACGUGUGGAGCUUUGGCAUCCUCCUCUGGGAGACCUUUAGCUUAGGGGUCUGCCCAUACCCUGGAAUGACAAAUCAGCAAGCACGGGAACAAGUGGAGAGAGGAUACCGAAUGUCAGCCCCUCAGCAUUGUCCAGAGGACAUUUUUAAAAUUAUGAUGAAAUGUUGGGAUUAUAAACCUGAAAACCGCCCCAAGUUCAGUGAACUGCAGAAAGAGCUUGCUGUCAUCAAGAGGAAAGUCACAUAGUGACAGAAGUACAACAGCCUUCAGGACUCGGUCCUGCAGCUGAUGAUCUCGUUCUUCUCGUUAACAAUGAGUUCAUACCACGUUACCUGCAACAGUCUUCUAAGGUUAUUGUUUUUAUUAACUGUUUUUUUAAAUAUGUGCCAUUUAAAAAAAAGUCAAAGGCAAGUGCAUUCAAGAAACAGACAGUCCUACCAAGGGCUUGAUUAGCUCACCACAGCAAUCCUACCAUUUCAGGCUGUUGUACAUAGAAAAGCACAGGCUCUAAAUGAGAGAUGACACAGCUCUCUUUUUCACACCGGGACCAUUCACGUUUCUCAGAGGUUUUCUACUUCAGGCACAGUUCCUGGGCUGCUGUCCCAUGCCGCAGACCCCACUCAGUUGGUGCUAUAUGCUGCAUUGGUAAUGCCGUAUUGGCAGGACACAUUCCAACCACGGUUGGCUUUCUGCUCUGCCAAGGCAAGAUUACAUUUGUAAACAUCAUUUUAUUUUGGGAAUUAUUUGGACCUCCUAGAGUUUUUCUUUUCUUUCUUGCCAGAAAUAAGCACAGUGUAAGAAUCAUCACAUUCCUUUAUUAUUAGUAAGUCUGUCAUUUCCCUCCUCCUUUGUCCGGGCAUCAGAAAAUGAUGCGUGAAAUGUCCUCAGAGAGCACACCCUUAGAGUUGAGGCAGCAGCUUUUAAAGGAUGUUUUAGAGAGCUGUGACCGCAGGAAGUCAGUUUGAACAGGGGAGUGGUCUGGAGAAAGGAGCAGCCAGAGUAGUGAUCAGAGAAGAGAAGAAACAGAAAAUAUAAAAUCUGCCUUCUCAUCAGAGUUAUGCCUUUACACACACAC